UUAGGGUUAGGGACAGACAGACACACACACACACACACACUGAUAGGGCACCUACCUAUUCAACCACCAAUUCAAUAGGCCAUUAAAUAUCACUAGCCGUUCCCAACAAACAAACAAAAUAAUACAAAAAUUUGUGGACAACAACACCAACAACAGGUAUAUGGACAGACAGACAACACCAGUCGAUGAUACAAACGAUGAUAUUAGUAGUAUAGAUCCAGAAGCCAGACAGGUAUUGAUGGAAAUGGUCGAUAGGGUAGUCGCCGAUAAUGAAAACACUAACCCCAACAACAACAACACUACUAGUACUACUACCAUAGAUGAUGAUACAGAUAUGUAUGUGUAUCCAGAGGUCAGACAGUUAGUAUCAGAAAUGGUCGACACAACAGUAGCCAACAAUAGUCCUCAACAACAGACAGUCGGUGCAGACAAUGCUAGUCGUCGUCCACCAUAUCGUUCGCCCAAACGUAGAGAACGAACAAAAUCAAAUGAAUCGCCGAUUGAUAGCUGGUAUAGACCGGUACCACCGCCGGUACCUGAGAUACCUGAAUCGAUAGGACCGGAGCCUGACCGGAGAAGUUGGUCGGUAGACAAUCUCAAUCGGUUGCGCGAUCAACAGCAACAACAGCCCAGACAGUUAGCACCCGACACACUGCCGUCGUUUUUUGAUAGGCCACCCGGUUCAGGAUCGCCGCCACACUUGUUUAUGUCGGCACUGGACGGCUAUAAAGGUAAGGGAUCGGGUAGUCUUGAGCGACGUAAAGGUGAACUAUACCAACACAAUGCCGAUAGUAUUGAAUCCACACUAUCGGUAGAUGACUAUCAGCAACUGUGCCAGGAGUUGGCUGAUUAUGGUUUCAUCAAUUUAGACAAUCAGAAUAUCAUUGGUCAGGGAAGUAGAGCACCGGUAGUUACCGGUACUUAUGGACCAAAUAUUCAUAAAAAUUUGACGACCAUUGAGGCCGAGUAUCUCAAUGGUAACGACCGACUCAUCGGUGUACGGAUUGGCCAAAGGUUUGCCGCAAAAUAUUUCCAUUUUACCGAAACUAGUGACCAGUACGAUCGUAUCCAAUUCUACAUGGAGAAGCUAAUAAUGAAACAAAUUAUCGGACACCCCAACUGUGUAACCUAUAGGAUGGCUAUCGGUUUAGGCCAGCGCCAGCUGAUUACAUACCGUACCGAACAGUUCUACAGUUACGAUCAUAACCUGUUGUUGAUGGACUUGGCCGACCAGGGUGAUCUAGCGGAUUUUAUUAAAAAAUCAGGUAGGUAUACAAUGGUGCUAUGUAUACAAUUUAUGACCGAACUGUUGGCCGGGCUCAGGUAUCUGCACAGUCUGGGUAUAACACACGGCGAUAUACAUGCUGGUAAUGUAUUGAUUUUUACGGUCAACAACAACACCAACACUAACACCAACACCAACAAUCAGGUAACACCAGUGCCACCAGCAGUUGCCGCCGGUAUACCACCCAUACCCGCACCUACACCCAUACCUACCUAUGUGGCCAAAUGGUGUGAUUUUGGUUUUUCAAAAAUACGUGUAUGGGCUAAACAAGAGUAUCGGACCCCUGAUGAACAUCUGGAAAAAUUGAAACGGGAUCUAUUUUUGUUGAGCAAUUUGUUUAGUUUGAUGAUUGCCGCCAGCAAUACAAAUAGCCCUGAGCUACAACCAUGGCUACAGUUAGUCGAUGAUUUAACAGCUAGUGAUACCAAUGGUAAUAUCAAUGUUAUCUAUGAACGAUAUUCAAAUUUAUUAGGCGAUUAGUUGGGUAGGUGUGGGUGGGGUGAAAUGGGAUAGGGAUAGUGUCCAAGUUAGGAGGUUAGUUCAAUGUUUGUUUUUUUUUUGGUCAAUAGUAGUUAAGUGUGCCGCUGAACAUGGAUUAGUAUGUAUUAAAAAAAAUAAAUAUAC